AUGAUUAAACGACUAAAAUUUAAUACAGAGUAGAUUCGAAGAGCAUCAAGUGUAUUAUAGAAAAUCGAUCUAAGAAUGAGUUAAAGAGAUUUUUCUAAUUAUCAAGACAUCAUAGAUAUAAUGAUUUUUAUACUUCUGAAGCCAUGUGAACUAAGAUCAUAAGCAGAUGUUGAACUUUUAAAGUAGGCUACUCGAUCUCUAGAUUUUUUUGCAAAUUUAGGUUCCGAUCUUUUACAUGAACAAUGUUGUAGGAAUCUUAGACACAAAUAUGUUCCAAUUGGAUAUUUCAUAUUUAAGGAACGCGAAAAAGGAGACAAUUUCUAUUUUAUCAUAAGUGGUCGAGUGCAGGUGUUAAAGGAUUUCAAUCCAUCAGACCCAUAAGCGUCAAUAUUCGAUAAUGAGAUAAAGCAAUUGACAAAUUUUGAAACUUUCGGGGAAAGAGCUAUGGAUUCUGAUGCCCUCAGAACAGCAUCUGUAAGAGCUAUAGAGAACACUCAUCUUGCAUAUUUGAAUAAGGAGAGUUAUUAAAUUAUAGCUAAGAGUGUGAAAAAUCAAUUAAAGAAAGCCUAUUUUGAAGAAUUUGCAAAUUUAGAUUUUUUUCAUAACUGGAGAUUCUAAGACAUCAAGGUAUUUUAUGAUAGAGCAUAUGUAAAACGAUACUCUAUGAAUGCCACCGUGUAUAAAGAAGGGGAUCCAUUAGACUAUGUAUACAUCAUUAAAAAGGGGGAGUUUAAGAUAGUCAAAAUAAUAAAGACAUCAACCAUAGACUUAAAUGAGAUGUUUAAGGGUGAUUUCGAGAAGAUUUUGAGUGGUAUGAGUACUCCGAAGACAUACACAAUCUCAGAAAGGUUAGAGGCUCGAUUUUAAAGGAAGAAAUAUGGCAAUUUAUAUUAUUUGGAGAAGAAAAAGCCUAUAACUAUCAAAUAUAUAACUGCUGGUUAAAUGUUCGGCGAAAUGGAAUUUUUAAUGCAAAAUAAUAAUGCAAGGACUCACUCAGUUUAUUCAGUUACAGAUUAAUCGGAACUUUAUAUGGUUAAAAGAGAAUAUUUUGAAACUAUUUUAGACAAGGUUCCAUCUAUCAAAAAUGCAUUGAUUUAAUUGUCUGAACAGAAGAAUAAUAAUUUUAUGAGGCAACUAAUGCAAUAUGAGAAAAAUUUCAAUGAUUUAACUGAGGUAAAGAAAGAUUUGGAGAGAAAUAUUAAUUUAGAUUUUUUGUAAUUGGGGAGCACUGAAAAGCGAUUCCCUUCUCCGGUUAUGUAAUAACUGCGAUCAUCUCAACCUGAAGUCAAAAAAGUAUUGAAGAUACCCAAAAUUGAAAGAGAAGUUUAGAGGAUAGAGACGAAAAAGAAGUAUUUGAUGCGAAGAAGAAAAACAAGUGUUUUUAAGAUAUAUGAUAGUAAUUCUGAAAUUGAUGGCAGUUAAUAUAACUUUAUUAGUUCGAUUAAAUGA